AUGAUUUCUGAUGACUCUUGUUACUGCAAGUUCUCAAAUGAGAUGUUGAGAGGCGGUUAUGGGAGUGACCCUGUCCUACGUAAUUUUGAGCUGGGAGUGCGAGCUAUAAAAGAAAAUGCGCUGAACACAAAUGGCUGUACAUGGAUUUUUCACACCCUAAACAAAAUGUAUCAGCACAAUAACGAACUCAAAUCAAAGGAAACAAGGACAAGAGUAACGACUAGGCGUUCAAAUACAUUGUUCAUUUUACUAAGGACAGUGCUAGACGUUGUUGUAGUGAGCAAGCAAUGGAUGGUUUGUCUAUUAAUAGUGUCAGUGUGUGCGAAGGAACAGAAGUUCGCGUUGGAGCCACAAGAUCAGAGUGCUGUAGUAGGGGGAAGAGUAAUCCUGCCAUGUCGGGUGGUGAAUAAAGUCGGCCAACUCCAAUGGACCAAAGACGACUUUGGGCUUGGCACACACAGACAUCUUUCAGGCUACGAACGGUAUAAGAUGAUUGGAAGCGAUGAAGAGGGGGAUUAUUCAUUGGACAUCAGGGACGUGACAUUGGAUGAUGAUGCCAUGUACCAAUGUCAGGUCAGCACAGGUCCAAGAGGUGAAGCAGCAAUCCGGUCUAGAUACGCUCGCCUAACGGUGCUGGUACCACCUGAACCUCCGAAGAUACUGAAGGGACCAGUACUGAAUGCAGUGGAAGAGCGCGAUGUUGACUUAGAGUGUGUCUCUGUUGGGGGCAAACCUGCUGCUGAGAUAACAUGGGUCGAUAACGAGGGCGGCGUGCUUAGCCAGGGAGUGACGUACGCUGUGGAAGAAAUGUCUGACGGCAGACGGUAUACAGCAAGAUCUAUACUACGUUUGCGUCCACGGAGGCAACAUCAUAAUCAGACAUUUAUAUGUCAAGCACAGAAUACAGCAGAUCGAGCUUAUAAGGCGACUACAAUUAAGAUAAAGGUUCAAUUCGCGCCGAGAGUGAAAAUCCAUUUCAAGACUGGUUCAAACAGAGUUCAUGAAGGCGAUACAGUUGUUUUAGGUUGCCAAGCGAUGGCGAACCCAAAUAAUUUAACAUACAAAUGGUAUGUGAACAGUGAACCUGUUGUUGGAACCUAUGGGAAUGAAUUGAUAAUAAAAAACAUCACACGGACCUACAACAGUGCUACUGUCAAAUGCGAGGUGUUCAAUGAAGUUGGGAAAAGCGCUGACACGAAGGCCUUUGAAGUUACAUACGGUCCCUCCUUCAAGAGUAAACCGCAGAACGUGGAGGGCGACGCGGGGACAGUGGCAACACUGACUUGUUCAGUCGAUGGUCACCCCCAUCCGAAAACUUUGUGGCUUAGAUACGAAAAUGAUAGGAUUAUUAUAGUGGGCAAGUCAUCAAAUCUAACACUGACUGUGACGAAGCAAUCCGCAGGCCAAUACUGGUGCAGAGGUAGUAUAGACGGACGGAAAGACAUCGAAGCAGCUGCUAUGGUGUACAUAAAAGGACCUCCAAAAAUAGUCUCCAAUAACACUCAAUAUGGGAUAGAGGGAGAUAGUGUUAGAGUCGAGUGUAUAUCCUUCUCAGUUCCGAAGCCCGAUCUUGUUAUGUGGGCCUUUGAAGGGGCUGAAAUUAAUUCUUUUCACAAUCAAGAAUACGUAUUUCUUGAAGAAACUUUAGCGGAUCGUUUGACAAAAUCAACGUUAAUCGUACGAGAUAGUCAAAUAAAACACUUUGGAAAAUACAACUGCACAGUUGUAAACGCGUAUGGCUCUGAUAAUAUGCUGAUACAUUUGGUUCCCGACAAAUCUUCAUCACUUAUGGUCAUCAUCGCUGGGGCUUCAUCGCUAACCAUCAUAAUUCUCAUCAUUAUGUUCGCUGUGAUGCUGUGUCAUCGUAAAAAUAAUAAGUGUGAUGUCAAAAAACCGGAUUUGACUGACGUAGCCAAGAGUUGCCCGUAUAAAGAGAGCGAUCGAAAUUCGAACAUCAGCGAUUUGAAAUUGGAACUUCGACAAAUUGAGGGAAGCUGUGAUAUGGACACCUCACAUGAAUCGGAAACCGACUUACGUUCAACAAUACAUCUCACAACGAAUCUAGGGCUGCCUUUGGCUGGUCCAGUACCACUACCAGAAUCGUAUGAUGAUCAACUCCGGUACAGCGGCGAUUUUCACCAACCAAUUAGCAACCUACAAUACAAGAGCCAAACACAAGCAAACGGGUACGUACCAUACGUAGACUAUUCGCGUGAUUAUGCGCCGCCCUCCAACGAUUCACAUACAGGAUCGCUAUCUAGGAGUACCGAUCGGACCUACCAGAGUCACUGUGGAUCGCUACACCGACAGCAGAGCUGUGGGAGACUUAGUGGCAUGGUCGGACCAGACUUGAUUCCAAUGUCAAACCCUGGAGUGUUGAUGUCGGGAGUGGACGUUCGGUACGCAGCCACAUACGGAAAUCCGUAUUUGACAGGAAAUGGCCCCGGACUUGCGUAUGCCCCACAACCAAACACAUCGUCAAAGAAUGCACCACCACCAUAUUACACAUUGAAAAGUCUUUCUCAUCAACAGUCAGGCCUCUCGUUGUCGCCUCCAUCAUCACUGCCCGUUACGAGUCACACAGGAAAUCCAUCACCAGCUCAACCACAAGUGUCUAAGACGUCGCAGACAGCCCAUUAUAUUCUGUCAACGAACCAAGGUUUGCAGACGUCGAAAUUAACUAAAGGCAAUGGAACGGGAACUCAUGUGUGA